AGGGCUUUAGCUGUUGGUUGGUGGCUGGGUUAGUUGGUUGGUUUGGUUGGUUUGGUUGGCUGGUUGAUUGGAUGGUUGGUUGGUUGGUUGGUUGGUUGGUUGGUUGGACAGCAAUUGCAUUUAUUCAGUUAGCCACUGAACUUGGAUAUUCAUGAAUUGUUGAAUCUGAACACAGUACGGAAGCUGUUGCUCGGCUGGAAAGAAAUUAGAGUUUGAAGACACAGAAAUUAGACUUGGACAUUCAGGAGCUGUUGGACCCUGACAUAUUUGCUUCUAGCCAUAUAAAGGAGGGCCUGAUCAGGGAGCAGGACCCAGAGAGCCGAGACUCUAUCGAGAACUUUACCACUGACUAUAAGAUCAUAAGAACCCUGGGAAGGGGACGAUUUUCAGUGGUAAAAAUGGCCUAUCACGUCCCAACCCUCACCUGUGUAGCUAUAAAAGUUCUCAAGAACACCGAGAAGUGCUCCUCAGUGAUGAGCAGGGAAGUUGACAUUCUAAAGUCCCUGGGCCAUCCUCAUAUCAUCAAGGUGGUCGAAGUGGUCCAGACAAGAGAGGCCACCCACCUGGUCAUGGAGCAUGCCUCUCAGGGAGACCUACUGGACCGAAUCCGGGAAUGUGGAUAUUUAAAGUCGUGGGAGGCCCGAAGAAUGUUUAGACAGAUAUUAGAGGCAGUACAAUUCUGCCAUGACAAUAAUAUUGUCCACCGAGACAUAAAGGCCAACAACAUUUUGAUAGACGGAAGGUCGAAUGCCAAGCUCUGUGAUUUUGGCCUAGCUGCUAAAACACUUCCUGGGCAGAAGCUGAUUGAUUUCUGUGGCACGCUGCCAUACUGUGCGCCAGAAUUCUUUGAAGCUGAGGAAUAUGAGGGCCGCCCAUUUGACGUAUGGAGUGUAGGUGUCCUCCUCUUCUUCAUGGUGACUGGGCACUUGCCUUUCCUAGGCAAGUCAUUUGCAGAGGUGAGGAGACAAAUCAGUUCAGCCAAUUUCAGCAUUCCGCCUCACGUUGCCAACGAUAUUUUCAAUGUUAUAGUGGAAAUGCUGAUGAUAAAUCCAAGCAGGAGGCCCAGCAUCCAGCAAAUUAUGAUGCGCCCCAUGAUCAAAGACAGCCAGGCCUACUCACCACCGACAUCCAUACAGACGUUCACAGGAACACCAAGCCCUAGCACCAUCAAAGCCAUGAGAGUCAUGAGGCAUACACCUGAGAAAAGCACUGAGUCUCUGAUAGACCCAAAUAUCAAUGAGGUGCUGGCAACAUACUUGAUUCAACAGCACAAGCCACUCAGGAAAGUCUGCACACACCACCAAGUGGAGCCAGGUCUAGAAGAUCUUCACUCCUUCCCUCGUUUUCUUAAGAGAAAGGGACCUCUUCUCUCCUCCUUCACCUUGUCCUCACAUUCAUCCAAUAUUCGGGAGAAGGAGGAUAGGAAGAAUUCCAGGAAGGUUGUCAGAAGGCAUGCUGUAGGCUACCAGCAAACAAGGACCAACACCCUCCAGCUCGAUCUCCUGGACUGUCCUAUAGCUGAAGAAUUCAGGGAUAACAGGCUGCAAAUCAGGAAGACAUUCUCAGACUCCAAGACUGUGUUGUCUUGUAGUCUAACUGAACAUAUCCAGUCACCUCGACUUCAAUACACCUAUUCCACUACAGCAGACAGGAAUGUGUCCUCCUUCAUACUGCCACAUGAUUUCUGUGCAUCACUGCAGACACCUAAGGGGAUAAGCCUUGCAGUCUGCUCUGGAGAUACCUGGCAGAGAGAGACACUCGUGGACAAAAACACCUUCAUCAAGGAAGAGGCCAUGGUUCAUGAAGAUACCGUCACUAGUGGCCAGCCACAAGUUCCUUGCCCAGCUUCCCGUCGGGGAUGGCGUCACCACUGGAAGGGGUUUAAAAAGACAAUUAGUAGAAGCCUUCGAAACCUGUGCUGCUGUCUGCCACCACCAUCAGAAAAUCAAGUCUCCUGCAAUAAUUUGGCUCUCAGGAAGAGAGGAGAACAUUGUGUCACCCACAGAACCAGGAGAACAAAUGUGACUCUGAAGCUAGUGUGGUACCAGGCACAGGAGGAAUUUGAGCGUAUCAACAUGUUCUGGGGCCUGUUUUUAAAUGUCUGUUUUAUUUCUCAUUGCAAGUUUGCUUCUAGCCAUAUAAAGGAGGGCCUGAUCAGGGAGCAGGACCCAGAGAGCCGAGACUCUAUCGAGAACUUUACCACUGACUAUAAGAUCAUAAGAACCCUGGGAAGGGGACGAUUUUCAGUCGUAAAAAUGGCCUACCACAUCCCAACCCUCACCUGUGUAGCUAUAAAAGUUCUCAAGAACACCGAGAAGUGCUCCUCAGUGAUGAGCAGGGAAGUUGACAUUCUAAAGUCCCUGGGCCAUCCUCAUAUCAUCAAGGUGGUCGAAGUGGUCCAGACAAGAGAGGCCACCCACCUGGUCAUGGAGCAUGCCUCUCAGGGAGACCUACUGGACCGAAUCCGGGAAUGUGGAUAUUUAAAAUCGUGGGAGGCCCGAAGAAUGUUUAGACAGAUAUUAGAGGCAGUACAAUUCUGCCAUGACAAUAAUAUUGUCCACCGAGACAUAAAGGCCAACAACAUUUUGAUAGACGGAAGGUCGAAUGCCAAGCUUUGUGAUUUUGGCCUAGCUGCUAAAACACUUCCUGGGCAGAAGCUGAUUGAUUUCUGUGGCACGCUGCCAUACUGUGCGCCAGAAUUCUUUGAAGCUGAGGAAUAUGAGGGCCGCCCAUUUGACGUAUGGAGUGAAUUUGAGCGUAUCAACAUGUUCUGGGGCCUGUUUUUAAAUGUCUGUUUUAUUUCUCAUUGCAAGUUUGCUUCUAGCCAUAUAAAGGAGGGCCUGAUCAUGGAGCAGGACCCAGAGAGCCGAGACUCUAUCGAGAACUUUACCACUGACUAUAAGAUCAUAAGAACCCUGGGAAGGGGACGAUUUUCAGUAGUAAAAAUGGCCUACCACAUCCCAACCCUCACCUGUGUAGCUAUAAAAGUUCUCAAGAGCACCGAGAAGUGA